CAUCUCCCUUUCUGCUUUUUGCCAACCGGCGGGACGUUCGACUCGUGGAUGCUGGAGGCACGAAGCUGGAGUCCACUGUGGUGGUCAGUGGUUUAGAGGAUGCUGCUGCGGUUGACUUCCAGUAUUCGCAAGGCAUCGUUUUCUGGACAGAUGUGAGUGAAGAAGCCAUCAAGCAAACUUACAUUAACCAAACUGGGAAUGUGGUGCAGAAUGUCAUCAUUUCUGGUCUGGUUUCCCCGGAUGGCCUGGCAUGUGAUUGGAUUGGGAAAAAGCUUUACUGGACGGAUUCAGAAACCAAUAGGAUAGAAGUAGCUAAUCUCAAUGGAACAUCUAGAAAAGUCCUCUUCUGGCAAGACCUUGAUCAGCCCAGAGCAAUAGCUUUGGAUCCUGCUCAUGGAUACAUGUAUUGGACCGACUGGGGUGAAACACCCAGAAUAGAACGGGCAGGAAUGGACAGCAGCACACGAAAAAUCAUUGUCGAUUCAGAUAUUUAUUGGCCAAAUGGACUCACGAUAGAUCUUGAUGAGCAGAAACUUUACUGGGCUGAUGCAAAACUGAGUUUCAUUCAUAGGGCAAAUCUGGAUGGUUCCUUUAGGCAAAAAGUUGUUGAAGGUAGUCUCACUCAUCCCUUUGCGCUGACGUUGUCUGGGGACACUUUGUAUUGGACGGACUGGCAAACGCGCUCCAUUCAUGCCUGUAACAAAAGGACGGGAGAGAAAAGGAGGGAAAUAUUGUCUGCCCUGUAUUCGCCGAUGGACAUCCAGGUCUUAAGUCCAGACAGGCAGCCAUACUUUCACACUCCAUGUGAAGAAAACAACGGUGGUUGCUCCCAUCUGUGCCUGCUGUCUCCUAGAGACCCCUUCUACAGCUGUGCCUGUCCCACUGGUGUGCAGCUAGAAGACGAUGGCAGGACGUGCAAAACAG